AUGACCCCCACCCACUUCGCCUUCUCCGCAGCCUUCAUUCUAGGAUUAGCAGGCUUAGCAUUCCAUCGAACCCACCUUCUCUCGGCCCUACUGUGCCUAGAAGGAAUAAUGCUUUCCCUAUUCAUCGCCCUUUCUCUAUGAACCUUACAACUAGACUCUACCAGCCUCUCAGCUUCCCCUAUACUUCUUCUAGCAUUCUCAGCAUGCGAAGCAAGCACCGGUCUUGCACUACUAGUUGCCACCACCCGAACACACGGAACCGACCGCCUACAAAGCCUAAACCUACUGCAAUGCUAA